GCGCCAUAACGACCGAGGCAGCAUUUUAAACUUGUAUCUGAGACUGUUGUCAAAAGGCUGGACGGGACAACGCUGCAACCACGGAGGGACGAGUCCGGCGAUUAAUUUCAUGUCUGCCGCAAGUUUUUUCUGAAUCUUAAGAUUCUCAUGCACUGCAUUGUUAUCGCGUUGGAAUAACGUUCGCGUCCAAAAGUGGUUAACGCUGGUUUUGAUUUUGAAUUCGCAAGUGUAUAGGAGCAAGCGAGCCUCCAGGGCUACACUAACGUCGGUUGAGGUAGGGUUUACAACAAUUCGACCUUUUACAGCUUUUAUCGAUACGGCGACUGAGUUUUAAACGUUUCUUUUAAAGACGCCGAAGAGCACUUGAGUCCAAAAUGAGUGCAGGAAUUGCGAAACCGGCGAAUCCGUCGGCACAUGUCGACCCGAAAUCGGCUCCUCUCAAAGAAAUCCCAGAUGUUCUGGUGGACCCACGUACCAUGAGAAGAUAUGCGAGGGGACGAUUCCUCGGAAAAGGUGGUUUCGCCAAAUGCUACGAAAUCACAGACAUGGAGACCAAGCAGGUUUUCGCCGGAAAAAUCGUGCCCAAGUCCCUUAUCCUGAAGCAGCACCAGAGGGAGAAAAUGACCUCCGAAAUCGCCAUUCACAAGAGUCUCGACCACGCGAACGUCGUCGGGUUUCAUGGGUUUUUCGAGAACGACGACUUUGUCUUUGUCGUCCUGGAAAUCUGCAGGAGAAGGUCCUUGUUGGAGCUCCACAAGCGUCGUAAGGCUGUGACUGAGCCUGAGGCUCGCUACUACAUGACACAGCUGCUCAAAGGUGUCCAGUACCUGCACAACAACAGGGUCAUCCACAGAGACCUGAAGCUGGGAAACAUCUUCCUCAAUGAUGACAUGGAGGUCAAGAUAGGGGACUUUGGUUUGGCCACUAAAAUCGAGUUUGAUGGUGAGAGGAAGAAGACCUUGUGUGGAACGCCGAACUACAUUGCACCUGAAGUGCUUUGCAAGAAAGGCCACAGCUACGAGGUGGACGUCUGGUCGCUUGGCUGUAUAUUGUACACUCUGUUGGUGGGUAAGCCCCCAUUUGAGACCUCCUGUCUGAAGGAGACUUACAACCGCAUCAAGAAAAACAACUACACUGUGCCCUGGCACAUCAACCCGGCCGCAGCUACUCUCAUCAAGAGGAUGCUGCACGCUGAUCCCACCCAGAGGCCCACCGUGGCUGAGCUGCAAGCGGACGAGUUCUUUACAUCCGGCUACGUCCCCUCGCGUCUGCCCACGACUUGCCUCACGGUGCCCCCGCGGUUCUCCAUGGGCCCCACCACAGCUAUGGAGCUCAACCAGAGACGCCCGCUGACCGCUAUCAACAACAAGGCAGGGACAGAGAAGGUGGAUAUGAAGGAAGAACCUGGGCAAAGGGAUGCUGAGCCAGCAGAGAACCACCUGAAGGAUCUGCUGCAGCAGCUCAAUACUGUCAUCGCUGCCAAGCCGUCUGAGAAGGCCGUCAUCUGCCAAGAAGAGGCAGAGGAUCCUGCGUGUAUCCCCAUCUUCUGGAUCAGCAAAUGGGUAGACUACUCUGACAAAUACGGAUUAGGCUUCCAGCUCUGCGACAACAGUGUCGGCGUGCUGUUCAACGACUACACACGUCUGAUCAUGUACGCUGACGGAGACAGUCUGCAGUACAUUGAUAAGACAACAGCUGAAUCCUACCUCAGCGUGCGCUCCUACCCUCCUGCUCUCACCAAGAAGAUAACCCUGCUGAAGUAUUUCCGCAACUACAUGAGCGAGCACCUUCUGAAGGCCGGCGCCAACAUCGCACGUCGGGAAGGAGACGAGCUGGCGCGACUGCCUUACCUCUCCCUCUGGUUCAGAACCAAGAGCGCCAUCGUCCUGCACCUCACCAACGGCACCGUUCAGAUCAACUUCUUCCAGGACCACACCAAGCUGAUCCUGUGUCCGCUGAUGGGUGCAGUGACCUACAUCGACGAGAAGCGAGACUUCCGCACCUACAAGCUGUCUCUGCUGGAGGAGUUCGGCUGCAGUAAGGAGCUGGCCAGCCGCAUUCGCUACGCCAAGCUCAUGGUGGAGAAGCUGCUGGACAGCAAAUCUUCGUCCGCCGCACAUUAGACCACUUUCACUCCUUCCUUCAAUCACUCCGUCUCUAAUCACUGGCCACUUCUUUCUGUCUGCCAGCCCCUGAGGACUGAACAGACCUUUUAAAUUCACCUGGGUGUAGUUUAAUUACUUCUGUCAUCUUUGAGGCUUUGACAUGUACCAUGACAUUUAAUCUAUCUGUGCAUGAAUUGUAAAUUUCAGAGUCUCAGCCACUGAUUUUUGCCGCCCCCCCCCUUUUUUUCCCCUUCUGGUAAUAUUUGAUUUAAUUUCACUCUUAUACCGAAGUAAUCUAUGAUGGCUGGAUCGCUUGACAACAAAGCAGACGAGUUGACCCCAUUUGAUCACAAGUGAUGGAGGAAAAGAUGAACGCUACGUGUUCCCUGUGUUCAGAUUAAUCAUCGCCAUGAUUCUUUUUGCAUUUGUUCAUGUAUCAGUGGUGCUGAGUGGACAGAUGUGUGGCAGGGGUUGAGACUCAGCCUGGCUGUGUGGAUGUAAAAAGCUUCUCUGGUCUGCUUCUCUUGUUUUUGUCUGUUUUUAUCUGUGUUGUAUGUAGAGAAAUGGACCAUGUUAAUACGUCUUCUUUAUGUACAUUUUUCCUGUAGUUACUUUUUACACUUUUUUAAAAGUCUAUUUUAGAUGUCUUGUCUGUUUCAACAAGAUGUACAAACUUGUACAUACUGCUGAAUAUGCAUAUGUGUUGUACAGAUGGUUUUAAUUUUACUCGUUCUAAUAAAGAUUCUUCUGGACAAAA